UAUAAUGUUUAUUUAUAAUGUUUGGUAAUUUUUCUUCUCGUGACGAGAAUAUAAACAUGAAUGCUUCGGGAACUUGUAAGAAGACGGCGCGGACUGGCUCUGAUAGUCCAGAUAAUGUAGGAGAUUUGGAUCCGCGGAUCCAGUCAGAACUCAACACACUGAAUCAGACGAGCGCAGACAUCAAUAAAUUAGAGAACGAGCUGGAUGAAGCGAGAUGUAACUAUAAACUCACGUUCACGGAAGCCUCACAACGAUUGGCUCAAGCUGCUGAGAAAAGAAGAAAGAACAUCCACAGAGCGCGUGCGUACUUCGAGUUAAAAGAGGAAGCUAAAAAGGCACAGGGCGAGUCAUUUAAGGCUGCUCGUCAAUACCAGUCCGCCAUUAGUGUUUACCGCGCUGCCAAGGAAACGGUGACGCUGGCGGAAGAACGUCUCUUACAGAAGGGGGAGGGAAAUCUAUCAGCUGCCUGGCAAGAAAUGAUGAACCACGCCACUAUGCGGGUGAUGGAAGCUGAGCGGGAGAAGCGAGAAAGUGAGGAGCGCCAUCUGUCGGCCACGUCACGAUGUGCACAGUGUGAAAACAGACUAAAGCAACUGGAAAAGAAGUUCAAAAAAUCUAUCAUAAAAGCAGGUCCAUACUUUGAAGUCAAACAUGAACUCGACCUAAAACUACAACACCAGAAACAGAACGUAACAGACCUACAAGCCGCCAUUAAAGAAACAAAAACUAAGUACUCCUCAGCGCUUAACAACCUCGAAAAGAUUUCGGAGGAGAUUCAUCAGAGCAGAAGAGAGAAAAUCAUGCUCAUGUUUCCACGACAACCAGGGGUGGGAGCCGAAUCCGGAAGUAGUUUAGCUUCCGCUGUUCCAGACAUUGAUCUCGAUGAAGCGGCAUUUGAAAACCUUUCUGACGUCAACGAUUCUAUCUUCGAAGAUGAUGAAGAUCAGGUUACACAAGGCCUUUCCUUCAAGUGUUCUUCUGAUCAAGAUGGUGAAACUGAUAACCUAGGGAGUGAUGCAUUUACAAAAACUGGCAAUCAAAUGCAAAUCAACAAUGAGAAAGAAAGCAUGGAAGUUUUACAACAGAAUAACCACCAUGUGAGAGACAGUGCACCAAAACAAAUCAAAAUUGAUGAGAAAAUGGCGGCUGAUAUAGCCAAUGAAAUACCCAGUGACAAAAUCCUUGGAAAGAUCGAACUUGAGGGCUCAGAAACAAAGGUGCCUUCAAAUAAACCAAGCCAUCAACAGUCUAUAGAGGAAUAUAUAGACUAAAAACAAACAAACAAU